AUGCAAACAAAAUUCCUAAUAAUCAUCACCACUCUUACAGUAGAAGUAAUUUAAGGAAUGACAAAUCUAUGGAUAGAAUAGACUCUCAAAGACCUGAGUCACAUUGAGACCGUUCUACCAGCAAAUCUAACCAAUAAUAUCCACUAUAACCUCAUGCUCCAUUAAUGA